GCAGAGGAGGAGGAGGAGGAGGAGGAGGAGGAGGAGGAGGAGGAAGAGAAGCGCGUUUCCUGGGCGCGCCUCCGCCGGUGACGCCUGGCUGGUGGGGAAAGCAGCCGUGCGGCGGACCCGGAGCGCCAGGCCUGCUCUCCAAGGGGGUAUGUAAACAUUCAAGACUCUUCCUUGGUUCCCUAGUGAGCAACAAACAUGCCAGAACAAAGUAAUGAUUAUAGAGUGGUGGUGUUUGGAGCUGCUGGUGUUGGUAAGAGUUCGCUGGUUCUUCGCUUUGUAAGGGGAACCUUCAGGGAAACAUACAUCCCAACUGUUGAAGAUACUUAUCGCCAGGUGAUCAGCUGUGACAAGAACAUCUGCACCCUUCAGAUCACAGACACCACUGGAAGUCACCAGUUCCCUGCUAUGCAGAGGCUGUCCAUCUCCAAGGGCCAUGCAUUCAUGUUGGUGUACUCUGUUACCAGCAGGCAGUCCAUCGAAGAGCUCCAGGCAAUCUAUGACCAGAUCUGUCAGAUCAAAGGGGACAUCCAGAAGGUACCCAUCAUGUUGGUGGGAAACAAGAGCGACGACACCCAGCGAGAGGUGGAUGCCAAUGAAGGAGAAGUCCUGGCCACCAAGUGGAAAUGUUCCUUCAUGGAGACAUCUGCCAAAAUGAACUAUAAUGUCCAAGAACUCUUCCAAGAACUCUUGAAUCUGGAGAAGCGAAGAAGUGUAAGCCUCCAGGUGGAUGGUAAGAAAUCGAAGCAGCAGCGGAAGAAGGAUAAACUGAAAGGCAAAUGUUCUGUCAUGUGAAGUGCAGGUGUUUUGACCUGUGUAAUCGAAAGAGGUGGAGAGAUUCAUUCUUGGCAGUGCAUUCUCAUACAUUUUGGGAUACAGAUAGACAGAGAGAGUUUCUAUGGGCAAAUGAUUGUUGUUAGGUUUUGUUUGCUUGCAUGUUUGUUUUUAAAGUCUCAUUCUUAAACUUUGGCCAGGUUAUUAAAAUAUUUACUUGAGGACAGUCGGGGUUUGCAUGAUUCAUUCUGCACAUCAGGUGUUAAAAAAACAUCCACCACACCACAACAAAUAUGAGUCACUGUAGUACAGAGAAGCCAUUAUGACUGAGCAGCAGAACCCUGCAUUUUAACUUUGCAUUUUACUAUAGCUUUUAAGUCUAUCUCCAACUUACCAUUUUAUACAAAUGCUUACAAGAAUGGGUGGUUCACGAUGGAACUCUGGUCAGUAAGUUAGAAACAAAGAUAACAUUUUGCCUAAUAAGCAAACAGAGUAACCUGACUUGUUUUUAGACUGAUUUUUAACCAGGGUAAAAUCAAAUACUGACUACUGUUGUUUAUUCAUUUUCUGUAGUUCUUUGAAUGAGUUGUAUAUAUAAGGAGAAGCUGCAUUCCUUACCAAAGAUAUGCUAUUUGUUCCAGAUUAAAAAUUAUAAUUUUGUAUUUAGUGUUGUGUAUUGGCAAGGGUUUUAUGUGAAUUAUUAAAAUGAUUUGAAUACCAACUGUG